AUGCUUCUAGAGUUGGCCGAAAUCAAACAUCGCAGAAAGGAAACUGUAAAAAUUUCUACAGCUAGGGAAGAAAAGAAAAAUGGACACGAGAAAUUGUCAGCUGAAGCAUUACAUUCAGCGCCUGUUCCAGAUGACGUGACGCCAGAUGCACCUAAAGCCGCCGUUUCACCUCCUACCGCCACCGGUGGUGACUACGUGGAUGCAGCUGAUCUGAUCUUGGAUACACUGACAGCUUCUGCACAAGCAGACAUGGACAUUCAAAGCUCUUGA